AUGGCCCAGUCCUCCCCUCCGCCCAUCUUCCUCAGCCACGACCCCUGGAUCUCCCCCCAGGGCUGGGGCUGGGCCGGCCACUCGGACUCCGCGUCGCCGGCCUCAUCCUCCGACUCGUCGGGUGCGUGCCCUGGCUACAGCUCCCGCCGGCGCUCGCAGCCCGAUGUCUCCAUGUCUCCUGAGUCCUGCCUGCCACUGGGAAGCCCACCAUGCCUGCCUCACCCACCAUGCCGGAGACACCAGUCUCAGCCCCCGUGGGGGUGCUGGGGACACGGUGCAGAGGUGCACCCUAGCGCUGAGAACCAGACUUCCAGCCCCACCUUCCCAAUCAGUGAGGAAGCAAGCCCCCUGCAGAGCUCACACCUGCAGCUGGGCGACUGCCUUGAACUUUGGCCAGACGAUCUGGGGGGUUCCCACUUGGGCAUCUACUAAUGAUCUCAUCUGCCCCUGUAGCACAAAUGCAGCAUGGAGUGCGGGGCACUGCCUCAAAUGGAUAUUUCGGUGAUCUUCAAACUUCCUUUUAUCCAGGGAUCCCCUUUUUCCAAGUGUCAUCUCACGUGGAAGCAGUGUAUGACACCUAGGCCAAGGUGCGGACUAUGGCAGUGGGCCCCAGUCCUGGACACCUCCAGCAUGGCCGGUGUUCCGCAGAGCACAGCUGGGGAUGCUCUAGACUAGAGGCUGCCUGACUGAAAAGGAGACUGGGCUGGGACUGCUGGUCCUGUGUGGGCUGGGGGCCAGGGAAGACAGGCCCCAGGCUGAUUCUUGGUGACAGUUGAUGUUACGUCUAUACACAUAAAUGCUUUGUAUUCUUCCUCACAACAACCCCAAGAAUAAAUGUCUGGUUUGAUCUGUCUUCUAA